AUGGCCGUGCGCGGCGGCAACGCCCUGACGCCUUUCUCCAUCCAGGCCAUCCUCAACAAGAAGGAGGAGCGCGCCCGACACGCGGCGGGGCGGCCGCCGGGGCCGGCCGGGGGAUGGAGGCUCUGCGGGGCAGCCGAGGGCCCGCCGCUCCCCGCCGGUGUCGGGGCCGGUGCCGCCCGCCCGGCCGCUGCCGCCCCGCGGACGCCGGCGGGCUGGGACUCGGACUCGGCGCUGAGCGAGGAGCCCGAGGGCGAGCGGCGCUCCGAGGAGGAGGGCGCCGGGGGCAGCGGCCGCCCCGCCGAGGCGGCGGGCCGGGGGGAGGCCGGCGGCGGCGGAGGCUCAGCCCCCGGAGGCGGCGGGCGGGACAACGCCGGGCUCAGUGACAGCGAGAUGUCGGCGGCCGUCUCAGAUCGCAGCCCCCCGGAGGAGGAGGACGGAGCGGGCAAGUGCGGGAAGCUGCUGCCGGCGGAGGACGAGGCGGCGGCGGCGCCGAAGCCGCGCAAGAAGCGCUCCCGGGCCGCCUUCUCCCACGCGCAGGUCUUCGAGCUGGAGCGGCGCUUCAACCACCAGCGCUACCUGUCGGGGCCCGAGCGGGCCGACCUGGCCGCCUCGCUGAAGCUCACCGAGACGCAGGUGAAGAUCUGGUUCCAGAACCGGCGCUACAAGACCAAGAGGCGGCAGAUGGCCGCAGACCUGCUGGCCGCCGCGCCCGCCGCCAAGAAGGUGGCCGUCAAGGUGCUGGUGCGAGACGACCAGAGACAGUACCACCCCGGCGAGGUGCUGCGGCCGCCCUCGCUGCUCUCCCUCCAGCCCUCCUACUACUACCCCUACUACUGCCUGCCUGGCUGGGCACUGUCCACCUGCGCCGCAGCCGCCGGCACCCAGUGA